AUGGUAGUUGUCGAAGAUAUUCAGAAUAUUACCUUUUCUCGUGAAUUUCCUCCAGGAAACCGACUUGUAAUUUCAUUCUCAUGUUCAAUUACAACUCAUUCUAUACUCUUUCCAUUUCAACCACUUGCUGAUUUCUGGCUUUUUAGACAGCUUAUCUUCAAACAGUUAAACAAAAUAUCGAACUGUUAUAAUAAAAAUUGCUUUCUAUGUGGAAGUAACAGACUUGGUUUUCUGGCAAAGUAUCUAUUCACGCAUAUGAAAUCUGUAAUGAAACCCCAUUUUAAUAUCAAGAAAGUUUAUAAAUAUUUGAAAAAAACUCACGCUUAUGGAUGUAAUAAAUCAAUCCCCGGCAAGACUCGUGAAAUUUUACAUAGACGGGUUUCUGCUGCUGUUCGUGAUUGUAUUCAAAGUAAAAAACCUUGCACUUCAGGGGUUCCUUGUUAUCAGUUCGGAAAACGUUGCACUUCUGGCGUUCCUGAUGUUCCUUGCAAUCAGUCUACUGGAGAGAAGGUAUCUUAUAUUUUUCCCGAUUUCCAUCCGCGUUUCAAGCAAUCAGAUAACUUCGUGAACUAUAGUCCCGAAACCUUUAAAUACUAUGAAACAAAACUCCGUGUAAAAAGGGAUGAAUGUAAAAAUAACAGGACGGAAAGCGUUCAGUUUGAGAAUACCAACGCAGAAGACGUUGAAAUUAUUGAAGCAGAAAAGAAUGGUCAGUUUGAGAAUAACAACUUAGAAAACGUUGAAAUUAUUGACGCAGAAGAUGAUCAGUUUGAGAUUGCCAACGCAGAAUACAUUGAAAUUAUUGAAGCAGAAAAUAUUUACCCUGUUCAUUAUAAAGAAUUCUUAGCACAAAUGAGUAAGUUGAAUUGUCUUAUGCAUCAAGAUAUUUCCUUGUUGGACCAAGAUAAACACGAUAAGGAUCAAAGACCGGAUCCAAAAGAUGAAAAGGAAAAAUAG